UGGAGCCCCAGCGGAGAAUCACAGCAACGCAAGUCAGCCUAAAUCCCGUCCUGUGAUCAUCCUGCACUCCGUUUCACUAUAGUAUGGCAUCUAGGAGAAUGGAGACUAAACCAGUGAUAACCUGUCUGAAAACACUCCUCAUCGUCUACUCCUUCGUGUUUUGGAUUACUGGAGCCAUCCUACUGGCAGUUGGAUUAUGGGGAAAACUUACAUUGGGAACUUACAUUUCACUAAUCGCUGAAAACUCUACUAACGCGCCUUAUGUCUUGAUCGGGACUGGAACUACUAUUAUCGUGUUUGGCCUGUUUGGUUGCUUUGCAACAUGUCGUGGCAGCCCAUGGAUGCUGAAGCUGUAUGCAAUGUUCCUUUCCUUGGUGUUCCUGGCUGAGCUAGUCGCUGGCAUUUCUGGCUUUGUUUUCCGGCAUGAAAUCAAGGGCACAUUCCUCCGGACAUACAAUGAAGCUGUGCAGAACUACAAUGGAAAGGAUGACAGGAGCCGGGCAGUGGAUGACGUGCAGCACAGUCUGCAUUGCUGUGGAGUGCAGAACUACACUAGCUGGUUUGCAAGUACCUACUUCAUAGAAGAGGGUAUUCCAUCCAGCUGCUGCGCAAAUGCCAGUGACUGCAACCAACAGGACCUGCGUAAUAUUACUGUUGCUGCCACUAAGGUGUACCAGCAGGGCUGUUACGAACUGGUGACCAGUUUCAUGGAGACCAACAUGGGUAUAAUAGCUGGAGUCGCUUUUGGAAUUGCCUUUUCACAGUUGAUUGGGAUGCUGUUGGCCUGCUGUCUGUCUCGAUUUAUCACUGCCAAUCAAUAUGAAAUGGUCUAAUGACAAAGAAAAAGGAAAAAACACAGGAAAGGAAGAUCAUGCCUAUCAUUGCAAAACUGUGGAGGACUUGGAGAAGACCCCAAGAUUACUAGGAUGCUCCAUUGCCAUUUCCCUAUUGUAGGUUCUUCAUUCCUCAUUGUCCACACGUGCCACAACGAGAGAUCCCUGCUGGCACUCUCAUUUUUUCCCCUCUUCCUCUCUGUUGACCCAGAGAACAGUGAGGACUAACACAAAACUAGCACACAAUGUCUGGUCAAAAUUAACUAUUUCUAUGUGGACGCUCAUAUAAUUCCUGGAUUGCAGAGUCGCCGUUUACAGUUUUUGGACAUUACUUGUCACUUAUAUGAUUAAAGAAAAAAAUUAAUAUGUAACUGUGUUCCAUCUAACAUUUUUCUCAGCCAAAAAGAUAUUUAAACAUUUUGAGGGAAAAAAAAGUAUACUUGAAAACUCUUUUCACAAUAGUUUGAAAAUGUCUGGCCUGCAGGGGGUGAGCACUCCCUUCAGUUAUACUAUAGCCUUUUACUUCUCAUUAAACUUGUACUGCUUCUGCUUUUUGCUGCUAUCUGAUCCUGUGUAAUAUUAAUCUUAAUUUUAAAAAGUGCUGUAGCUUUCUGUAGAUGUGUUUGUAUUGGCAAUUUUGUUGGUUUGUUCAUUUUUUCUUUUUUUUCUCUUCACUUUUUUUUUAACAAAUAUAUAAUUUGUUUUAAUUUGGUAUGCUGGUGUUCUCCAACCUCGGCUCACAGUUGCCAGGGUGGCCAAAUUAAAUUUGAGAUUAUAAAACUUGCUUCAACUUAAUACUACUCAUGUUUUAGAUCCAUAUCUUUUAUUUAGUUGAAUUCCAUGUUUUAUGGUUACUAUUUUGUUUCAACCCUGGCACUUAACAUGAGUACAGGUACUUGCAAAAAUUCUGACCAUUUUUUUUGUGUAUUUUGCUCCUUAAUUAAUUUUGUAAUGGCACAAAAGGCAUUCACUCUACUGUGAUGAUUCAGCACAAGAGAACAUACAGAUGUAUGUUCAAAUACUGGCAAAGGGAGUGAUACAAUAAGAGUCUCAAUUCAGUUGAAUCCUUAUGGAUGGGGAAAAACAAAUUAUUAUUAUUUUUAUUGAAUCUUCACAUACAGUCUACCAAAUAGAUAAACGCAUCGGUGCCCUUGGGGAAUUUCUUUUUGAGAUAAUAGGCUAGUUAUGUACUCACGUCACUCCAUAGAAACAAGUUGCAGGCUUUGUUCAAACAACCCAAACUUCCCUUUUUUUUGGUACAAUGAGGCCUUGAACAGUAGGGCUGAGCUGGCAAAAUCAUUUCACAAAUGAAUUGGGUGCCGACUGGUUCCUUUGUCCUUCCGAUUGAAUGAGAGUCCUGUAUAAGAACUGUGACAGACACUCGCUCUUGCUUGUUUUCUUUCCCUGGCCCUGUGUGCAGAAUGGAGGAGAACACAAAAACAGAUAACUGUAACUUAUUUAAACAAAAACAAAGAUUUUUGUGAUGUGAGGAAGUCUGGGGCUUGACAACAAAAAGAAGCCUCCUGUUCAUUCUAUGUGUGUGUUUAUUGCCUUGUUUAUAAGUAGAUGCAGCCGCCACUGAUGUUGUUUGUAUAGGUGGAUCAGUGUUAAAGCAAACUUAGAGAAAUGUAGGGGUAAAAAAAAAAAAAAAAAAGACUCCAAAGUUUAAAAAAAUGAAUACUAAACCUUUGUAUGACAUAAAACUUAACUUUUUAAACUGUCAUCACCAGCUAGCAUGCCAAUAAAGUACAUUGAUAUUGUAAGCAAUUGUGAUCUCUGUAAUAAUAAACGGUCAUUUCAACUUU